UCCCAAACAAGAAAACAAGGGUAAAAGUUACCUACCCUGACUUUAUCCUUCCCUCACCUCCUCCUCCCAAACAGACCAUUAUUUAAACUUCUCCGCAUUUCGUUUCGUCGAACGGAUUGAGCUCUUUUUCCACGUCACCGUCUCAGUCCUCGCAUCGGCGGCUCUGCCGAUCUCCGCUCCACCAUGGCGUCGCUCAUCGAAUCGUGCUGGGGGUAUCUUAUCACACAUUUCAGUGAGUUCCAGUUGGCUACUAUUGGCACCUUCCUGAUUCAUGAAAGUGUAUACUUCUUAUCUGGACUUCCAACUCUAUAUUUUGAGAGAUCUGGGUUGUUCAGAAAAUACAAAAUUCAGAAAAAGGUCAACACUCCAGAAGUACAAUGGAGAUGCAUUUUGCGCCUAGUCCUUUACCAUGUAUGCGUCAACUUACCGCUCAUGCUCAUUUCUUACCCUACUUUCAGAUUCAUGGGUCUGAGAAGCAGCCUUCCAUUGCCACCCUGGAGUGUUAUUGUCUCUCAAAUUAUCUUUUACUUCAUCGUGGAAGAUUUCGUGUUCUACUGGGGGCACAGAAUACUACAUACCAAAUGGCUGUAUCAGCAUGUUCACAGUGUGCAUCAUGAACAUGCUACGCCUUUUGGACUGACUUCUGAAUAUGCACACCCUGCCGAGAUCUUAUUCCUUGGCUUUGCCACAAUAUUAGGCCCUGCUCUAACUGGUCCCCAUCUCUUUACACUCUGGUUAUGGGUGAUAGUUAGAGUCCUGGAGACAGUUGAAGCUCACAGUGGAUACCACUUUCCAUGGAGUCCCUCAAAUUUCAUUCCACUGUACGGAGGGGCUGAUUUCCAUGACUAUCACCACCGUUUGCUUUAUACUAAGUCGGGCAAUUAUUCAUCAACUUUUACUUACGUGGAUUGGAUAUUUGGCACCGAUAAAGGUUAUUGGAAGUUGAAGGCUGUUGAGGAAGUAGAAGGAAAGAAGUAUUAAGUAGUGAAAUAUAUGCCGACAUCUGCCUAUCCGAUCGCAUCACAGCAUCAUCUGAAUUUAAUUUGUCCUUUUAUCCGUUUCCAUUGCAAAUAACAAGGGCUUCCAAAGAGCCCUUGAGGAAAGACAAUUUGCUAGUCAUCUGGGUACUUCAUUUCUUGUAGAGUUCUCUUUUGACUGUUGGAGUAACAGCUGAAAGGAAUAUUGAUGUAUGUGACAGCUUACAAUUUGGUUGUAAUGUUUGGCAUUUGCAA